AUGGAUUGUUCGUGUUCAAGAUCGAAUAAUGACGAAGUCAAUUUAGUCCCUUUAAAUGAUACAGAUGCAUCAUCAUAUGAAACCAUCCGCCAUGUCUCUAAGCAAACACGACAACGUGCGUCGGAUUCUUACACAGUUGAAGAUGUGGUCAAUGCUGGAGGUUUCGGAAAGUUCCAAUGGAAGCUGACAUUUAUGUCCUGCUUUGCUUGGAUGGCGGAAUCGUGCGAAAUAAUGAUUCUAUCUCUGUUGGGCGGAUUUUUAGCUUGCGAAUGGAAAAUAACAUCUGUCCAGGAAGCGCUUCUAACGUCAAUGGUGUUUCUUGGAAUGGGUAUUGGAUGUCCGAUUUUGGGUAAAAUGACCGAUACAUAUGGUCGUAUAAAGGUAGUUAGAGUUAGCACUGUAAUUCUGGUAAUUUGUGGAAUUCUGACUGUCUUCUCACCAUCUAUUACAUGGAUGAUCGUAUUUCGUUGGAGUUGUGGUUUUUUAAUACCUGGUGUGAACGGGAUAAUGGUCCUGUUUAUGGAAUAUCUUCCCACUAAAUUGCGCGGGAAAUGCACAUUGUUUUUAUAUGGUUUCUGGGGCGUUGGUUCGAUCGUUAUAACUUUGACAGCUAUGGCCGUCAUGACAACAAAAAACUCCUGGCGUGUUGUGUUAUUUAUCUCCGUGACGCCUUUGAUCAUCUUUUUGAUUUUAUCAAAGUGGUGUCCGGAGAGUGCUAGAUAUAUGUUGGCUCAUGGUAAAAUCAAAGAAGCAGAGGAUACUAUCAUAAAAAUGGCGGAGGAAAACGGGUUGUCAAGACCAGCUGGUAAACUGCAGAAUUCGUCUAAUACAACACAAAGAAAAUCUAUUAUAUGUCUAUUCAAGGAUGAAAACACAGUUUUCUUUUGUUUGAUUUUCUUGUGGUUUUUCCUAACGUUUGUAUACUACGGCAUUGUUCUUCUGACUCCAGAAGUGAUUUUACAUGGCGGACUGCCAAUAAAAACUAGCCAACCUGCAAACUUGACUGUUCCAGAAUAUUACAUGCCCUGUAAACCACUCUUGCUCUCUGACUACAUCAGUCUACUCUUGACCACAGCAGCAGAGAUCCUUGGUGUUUUUUUCGCGUGGUUACUUGUCGAAAUUUUGGGAAGACGAAAAUUAAUGUUCACGUUUUCGUUUUUCUACUCUGCAUCUGUCAUGAUGUUAUUGAUAGACAAAGUGCCAGCAGCAAUCCCUUGUAUCUUACUGUUUAUAGCUAGAGGAUCGAUUUCAGGAUGUUUUGGUGUUUGUGUACUCUACACAAAUGAGGCCUACCCAACUACUCACCGUGCAUUGGCUUAUGGUUUCUACUUGAUUUUUGGUCGCUUUGGAACUGUAGUCACUCCACUUGUAGCUCAGGUUCUAUUGGAAUCUGUGCCCAAGGCAACAGUGGUUAUAUACUCGGUUUUAGCAUUAUUCGCAGGAAUUGCUACGUUCGUAUUGCCACUUGACAAGAAAGGACAGGAACUAGAAGAUCAAUACAAAUGACCUGUACCUGGAAGAAAACAUGUGGUACUGAAAUCAUAAGUCAAAUUAUUAUGGAGCUUUCCUUGUUACUACUGUUAGUAUUCUCUUAUUCUCACCAAGAUAUCGUAUAGCUGAUUCAAUAUAUAUAUAUAUUCAAACCAUCUAUACCAGUAAAUAGUAAUGUGACAUAAAAGAUCCUUCAUUUGAACGUUAUGCUUUACUUCUGAGGGGGCGAAAAUGUCAGUCAAAAAUUUAUCCACUAUUUACAGUCGUAAGUUUAUGGACUUAAACGUUAAAAUCCUAUUUUCGAUUACUCGCGGAAGACACAGCAGGUGUGGCUUUACUCUAAAACAAACAAACUCUAUUAGAAAAUUAUUUAUAGCCAAAUUAUUUAUUACAUUCUUUAACUAAUUCUGAAAUAAAUCCCAUAUCCUGGCAAGAUAAUAGUUUUGAUAUAUCAAAAUUUUAAUAGUCUUAGUAACUUUGCCAUAAAUACAAUCUACCUCCGUUUCUAAUUUUGAAGUACUGUCCAGAGAGGAAAGGUAGCCAGGCAGCAGCAACCCACCACCCAUAAUCCCUCUAAUGGAUUGACUGUCAUUAUAACGCACUCACAGCUUAAACUGGGAAAGGGGUCAUUUUGUGGUAUUGCGCGAAUUCGAACUCAGCUCGCCAGUUCCCGAAAUCCAGAGCGUUACCUUAGCGUGAGGGUCUUAAUUUUUUCCUCACAUUUUCUUUAGAUUUUAAGAAUAUAAGCCUAUUAAGAUUAAAAUAAAGACCUAAAAAAUUAGUUUUUUAUGCAUAUCUACUUUCAUCAAACUCUACUUCCUUGCUGUGAGAACUAUGUUGUUUCAAAAAGACGUUCAAUAAACUCAAACGUUUGAAGGUCAUCUUCAAUCAUCAGUGUCCUGCCUACAAAGGUAUACAUAUUAGUGGAAGUAUACGAUAUUUUAGUGAGCAAAUAGAAGAACACUAACAAUAGAAACAAAGUUCCAGAAUAAUUGAAUAUCAGAAUAUUAUAACGAAUCCACACUCAGUCGUCAGUUUUGGAUGAAAAUGAAAACAAUUGACAAAGGUUUAACUAGAAAACUGAGACCACAACAUACCCAGACGUUAAGUGUCUUCAUAGUAUUAACUGAACUAUAAACUGUAAGUUUUUUACUAUAGUUCUUUCAAAGAAAAUUAAGUACCAGUUUUUAUGUUUCUUAAAAUUUCAGUUAAAUUAAUGUUUCCAGUGAAUGUCUGUAUUAUGUAUAGAUAAACUGUCUGGAAAAUCACAAAAACUUUGUAGUAAGAAAUUCCCGAUUGAGCACAACCUUAAAGAAAGAACGUAAAAAACUACUGUUUCUUACAUCUAACCUUGUUUACUGAGCAUAAAAUGAGGUUUGCUGUAUUUCUUGUCGG